GACGCGGGUAGCGGUCCGUGGUGACGUCACAUACUGGUUUGCACUGCUCUUGGGCCGCAGACAGUUUGUUUGUUCUGGAGGAGUGAAACCGAACCGAGACGCUGUUCGACACUUCAACACUGCUGCCAGCGGAAACGUCGACAUGGGAAACUGUCAGCCCACUAUCGUGCCCUAUGAGGAUUUUGAUCCCAUCGCCGACAUCAAGGCCAUCCGCAAGGCCUGCAAAGGGUUCGGAACCGAUGAGCAGGCCAUCAUCGACAUCCUGGCGAACCGCUCUGCGUUUCAGCGGCAGGAAAUUAAACAGGCCUACUUCGACAAGUAUGACGAUGAGCUGGUGGACAAGUUGAAGAGCGAGCUGUCGGGGAAUUUCGAGAAGGCCAUCCUCGCCAUGCUGGACCCGCCCGUCAUCUACGCCGUGAAGGAGCUGAGGAAGGCCAUGAAGGGAGCGGGCACCGACGAGGACGUCCUGGUGGAGAUCCUCUGCACCGCCACCAACUCCGACGUCGCCAUGUUCAAGGAAUGCUACUUCCAAGUGCACGAACGCGACCUCGUCGCCGACAUCGAGGGCGACACGAGCGGCGACGUCAGGAACCUGCUCAUGACUCUGCUGGAGGGCAACAGAGACGAGAGCUACGACGUGGAUGACGAUCUGGCCGAAGCAGAUGCUACCUCUCUCUUUGAGGCUGGCGAGGGUUGUUUCGGGACGGAUGAGUCCACCUUCAGCUACAUCCUGGCCACGAGAAACUACCUGCAGCUUCAGGCCACCUUCAAGGUGUACGAGCAGCUCUCUGGGACUGAAAUCCUGGAUGCCAUUGAGAAUGAGACCUCAGGCACACUGAAGAAAUGCUACAUUGCUCUUGUGCGAGCUGCCAAGAACCCUCAGCUCUACUUCGCCAGACGUCUGCACGACGCGAUGAGCGGAGCGGGAACGGAUGAGGACACGCUCAUUCGCAUCAUCGUGUGCCGCUCUGAGUACGACCUGGAGACCAUCAAAGACAUGUACCUGGAGAAGUACGACGUGUCUCUGAAGGACGCCCUGAAGGACGAGUGCAGCGGCGACUUUAAACGCCUCCUCCUGGCCAUCUGCCACUGAGGGCAGGGCGGGCGUGGACGACGGAGGCAGAGACGGCAGAAAACGUUCAUGCUGAGGGGCGCCGCUGUCGUCUGUCUAACAAACUAAUACUGCUCAGUAUCUCCAUGUGACAUUAUAUAGGCAGCAGGAGGGAGGGUGGGAGUGAUAAAGCACCUGGCCUCGUGUCUCGUCCAAACUCUGAGUUAGUCGGCUCCCCCUUUUUUUAAAAAAAAAAGUUUCCACAAAAUCUGGAUUUAUUCAUCAAUUGUAGCUCUAAUUCUUAACAUCUUAACCAGCAUUUAUACAGUUUCAGUCGCUGUAAACAAGCACCAAGAUUUCUACAAAUUCCAGUCAGACUGAUGCAAUCCGAUCAGGUGGUUUGAGGCCUGAUAGGAUAAUCAAAUUGUAAACAUGGGGAAAAAGUGUGUCUUUCUGCUGCUGCAUUAACUGUACUUCUUUCUACUAUUGAGUAUUACACCUUGAUUAUUUUGCGCCCAGGGCCGUUAUCUUUCACCCUCCGUGCCCCAAAUCUCAGUGACAGUUCACUGUGACUUCACUGCUGUUAAAACUAAUGCAAUCUCUCCAUAUGGCUUGAAGUUUGUCCUGAUAAAUGAAGAAAUGUGAAAGUCUGCAAAGAGGGCAUAUCAGUAUGUGUCAUGACGGCUAUGCAAUGUAACAUGAAUGGAUUUUUAUACAUUUUCCUCACAGCUGAUUCGCAGAAGAGAAUAUAUAUUUUAUCAUUUGCUUAUUGAUUUACAGUGGGGUUUUUUUUUGCGUUUUUAUCCUUUACCACAAAUAGAAAACGAACUUGACAAAUCCAAAUGACACCUCACCUUGUUAUACCUUUUUUGUAUUUCAUGACUAACACAGUAGAGUGUUUUAAUAUAUAAAUGAUAUUUAGUUUACUGUUUUAGGUAGGCCAGAGGGUAUAUGAGAAGAAACCCGUGAACAUUCAAUACCUGAUGUCUCUUAUCUGUGUCCCCACACGGCAGCUGAUAUUUGUUAAAAAUGACCACUAUUGUAAAACGAGCUGAGUAGAUACAGUAGGUGAGAUAGUUGCAACAUCAACCAGGACAUCAGUCGGGUCGUUGGACUUGUGUUUGUCUCUCUAUAGCCAAAGAAUUUUAGUCUAACAACAAAUAAAGUCGCCUGUAACGUC